GCGCAGCGUCAAAAUUCAGCCGCGGCACUAAUCUCCUAAAGGGCCAGCACCGCUCAAUAGGAUUUAACAAGCGGCAUUCACGACUCCUCAUUAUAUUUUUAUACUUUAUACCUUUAGUACCCGGCAUAAAGUGCGCGAUCAAAACGCGCGAACCCCUACAAAAGGUAAUUAUGUUUUGAUUCCUACAAAAAAUCGAGUAUCACAAAGGAGACUAACGAGAUAAGAGCGUGCUAAAUCGCUCCCCCUGCGGCCCGCGCGCGGAUCAAUCCGCGGCCGAACGGUCGAUUGGCUGAGCGGAGCCGCCACGGGGGGCGGGGCCAGCCCGGCCCGCCUCGGCCUCCGCCGCCGGCCGCCAGUCCACCUCCGAGCGCCCGCAUGCGUACACGACACGAUCCCCAGUGACUGUGCUAAAUGGAACUGAACGUUCAAUGUUAAAGAAACCGAGCUACGAGGAGAACGAAGUGAAUAUGGCGAUAGAGAGUGUUUCGAGGUACCCGAGAAGCCCAGCGGAGGCGACGGAGCCGCCGAAGCCUUCGAGGAUCAGCUUUAGCGUGGCUUCGAUACUGGCCGAUACGAAAGCUAACGAAGAGACUGCUGAAGUUCUGAGGCAUCAUAGGAGUAUUCCUGAGUCUCCUUUGAGACAAUCUCCAUCAGCUCAGCCGGAGCUGCCGGGUGGGACAUCCCCGCGGCCUUCGUCGCAGACGCCUCCCUUGAAUUUGAACGCGUCGGCGACGGUGACGUCUUCGGAUGACGAGUAUGAAGAUGGUUCGAUUGUUGAUGUUGAAGAUUUGAAUUUGCGGAACGGUCAGAGCGAGGAUGAGGAGCGGUCGAAGGAGGAGCGGCUGGGGCCGGUGCGGCCGACGCCGUUCAGCGCGCUGGCGGCGGCGGCGGCGGCCUACCACGGCCUGGGCGGCUGGCCCGGCGCGCCCUCCGUCGUGCCUUCCUUUGGACCCCUAUUCCCUCCACACUUCAAUGUUGGACACAUAACAGACGCCAACGGCGGCCCUCCGAAGCUCAAAUGUAACCUGCGCAAGCACAAGCCAAAUCGAAAACCACGAACACCCUUCACCGCUCAGCAGCUUAGAGCGCUUGAGAGCAAAUUCGUCGAGAAACAGUACCUUAGCAUCGCUGAGCGCGCUGAGUUCUCAUCGAGCUUAGGACUUUCUGAAACUCAGGUAAAAAUCUGGUUUCAAAAUCGCCGAGCGAAAGCGAAGCGAGUACAAGAAGCGGAGAUCGAGAAAUUAAAAAUGGCGCAGUUUUCCCGCCACCCCCACCAUUUGUACCCCCACCCGCUGCAGCAGUACUUCCACCCCCACCCUCUGAUGGGGGGCAGGCCGCUGCCCCCAAUGGGCAUGCCACACUUAGGCAUGGUACAGAGUCCUGUGUCUGGUGGGUCACCGUCGCCUAGUACACAAACUGGUCCGCAGUAGGAUAUAAAAAUGGGACUGAUAAAUUAUAAUAAGGAAUACAGAGAAAACCAUUAUAGAUAGUCCUGGGUACAGUCAACCAAUUGGAAUGGUUGUAUAGUGGUAGGGACCACUAUACAACCAUGUCAAAAUGACAAUCAGUAAGUUAUUUCUUACAAUCUGAUUUAUAACGUCACCAUGACAUAGUUCUACAGUGGCUUAUUUUGGUCGACUGUACGUAGCCGAAUGGCACAAAUGCUCACGAAACGCUCACGAAACGAAACGCUCGUAGAUAUCUAUCGCUCUUACGUAUUGACGCGACAUAGCCAGACUACCUAUCGCGGCAUUUCGUUUUCGUUUCGCGUCGCAGAAAUGCCAUUCGGCUACGCCACCUGCAUCUAAUAUUGAAUGUUACUUAAGGAGCCUACAGAUUACCAGUUCCCCAAGCGAUUUGAGUUUUCCUGCAAUCGCAAAGAUAACGCCGUGGCUUGCGUGGGCGCCGGUCGCGCGAUGGUCGCGCGACGGCGAUGCGACGCAUACUAAAUCAAACCUUAUCGAUAUGGAAGUAUGAGACGCGACGGCGACGGUCGAGCGACCGUCGCCCACGCAAGACACGGCGUAACAGUUGGCGAAUAACUGGCAGGGUAUACGUUUGGCGAACUUGUAAUGUGUGGACUUCUUUAUUUGAUUGAUUCAUUUUAUUUGUUUACCAAUUGUGUAAGAUAUUUAAAAUCUUGUCUUGGCAAAGGAAAGUCAAAAUGUUUGAAAAUAAAUAAAGGACUAAUUUUUUAUCCGACAAAAUAGUCGAGUGAUUAUGUAAAUUAUUCUGUAAAUAUGUAGUUAAGUUAGUUUUAAAUAGCACCAUAUUAAGGAUUGUAUUAAUUUAAUGUAUUUACUUUGUGUAGAUUCUUUAUUACCAAAUAUUUUCAUUUAUACGAUUUAUUAUGUUUAAUACUUUCCUAGGCGUUUUUGAUAAAAAAUGUGUUAUGGAAUUUUGAAUACAGCUAAAUGAAUAUUGUAAAAUAUUUUUGUACAUAAACUUAAAUGAUAAUUGUACAUUAUUAUUUCUACUUCAGUAGUUAAAUAUAUAUCUAUUUCUUUCAGAAUGAAAAA